AUGGCACAUCUAUUACAAUUAUCUAAUCUAUUACUAUUACAUAUUAUAUCAGAUAUUGACAGUAAUGGAGAUAUAGUAUGUUUGUUGUUAACUUGUAAAAAGUUGUAUAGUAACAGUAGUUUAAGAAGAUUGAUUCAGUUUAAAGGAAUAGUACAUAUCACUGACAAUGGAAAGAUAUCAGAGCAGUUUAAAGCAACAGCUACUCAAUUCAAACUAUUAUCAUUUAAAGAUAUCUUGGAGAAUAGUAUAUCUGAUCAUCAAGUUGUACUAUCUGAUCAAAUCAAUUACCAACACUAUCCUCAAUGGAUAAAACAACGUAUCACUUCAACAGACAGAGUCGAUAAGAGUAACAUUACAACAGCAUUGGUAACAGAUUAUAACCAACAAACACCAAAGUUACUCUAUGACUUACCAUCUCUCGAGACACUAUUCAUCAAUCGUCAAAAGGAGCUAGAUGACUAUACCUCGGGACAUCACAAAACUAAACAAAUGUUGGUUGAUGAUCCAAUGGAUCUUGGUUCCAUCUCAUUGUUACCCAAUCUACAACGACUUGAAAUUCGCUCAUUGGAUUUGAAGCUAGGUACACACACAACACUCAAGUCUCUGAAACUCAAUAUCUAUAAAUCCAAAUACCCCCUCGUCGACUUGCAACUCAACCAAUUCGUAUCACUGACAGAGUUGACCUUUGAGAGUUUCUGUGUGCGUGGAUUUGGAGCAGGUCUGUUGCCAAGUAGUCUGAAAUCGCUCACUAUCAAACUGAAAAAGAUACCACCAGAUACAUUCCUUUCAUUGACAUCGCUAGUCAACCUCAAGAUCUACCUUCAGAAUAAAGAGCACAAGAAAAAAAUACAACAACAACAACAACAACAACAACAACAACAACAACAACAACAACAACAACAACAACAACCAUUCAUCAAUCUCGAGAGUCUGUGCAACCUAGAGGUACUAAAGUUGUAUUACAAAAACUACCGAGACGGCUAUGGUCUAGAGGUGAAUGUCCCUCCCUCAAUCAAGAUUCUUGGUCUCUGGUCCAAUUGCGUAAAAAUAGAAUCACAAUAUACCAUGCCACUGUUGGAGAGAUUGUAUGUGCAACAAAACAUAUUGGUUAAAGGAUGGAUCAGUCUAUUGUCAUCACCAUUGCUCAAGAAACUCUGUAUUAAUGAAUGCGACAAAGUGAUGCCAGCCAACAUCAUCCCAUCAACUCUAGAAAAGCUUACAAUCCAUAAAUACCAAAGCACUUCAAAAGAUAUACUUGGACAGGUUGUAUUACCGCCAUCACUCACUCAUCUAUCCUUCAAAGACAACAAAUACGAACCUAUCAAACUACCAGAAUCACUCGUCAAACUCAAGAACAUAGAUAAAGCUCCAGUGACUCCAAUUCCUAGACAUUUGAAAAAACUGGUUUGGUCAACUUACAGGUCCAACACGGAAAUCUUGACCAAUUUUGAUUUCUCCUCCUAUGCACCUAAUCUUGAAACUCUUAAUCUCCCCCAAAUAGAAUAUGCUCAAAGCUUUCCCACCAACAUAUCACCAACUAUCAAAUAUCUAUCAAUAUCAUUUGGAAAUGUUCCCCAACCUUUGUUUCCAGGAUCCUUUUCAAUCAAAUCCAUUUUAUCUAAAAACAUAGUCUCUCAACAGCAAUGGCUACCACACAAUACAACCCAUCUAACUUGUACAACACGAUCAGAGAGAAGUUUGCCUUUUAGAUUAGAUGAAGUCAUUGACCACACCAAUGUUAGAUAUUUAACAAUCAUUGUUAUAGACUGUGGAAGAAGUUGCUCUGGUCCCAUCAUAUCUCGGUCUCCUUCUACCUUUGAAUUUUCAAUUCAAAGAUUAGACAAUCUAAAUGUAUUGGUAUUGGAAACAAAGACACUUCAAGGUGGAAUCAUUACACGACAACAAAAAACAAAUAUUUAUUUAAAUACUUAUCCAUUUAGAUUGAGUUGGAAGGGUCCUGAAUAUCAAUACUACAGGAGGAAAUCAACCUCGAUACGUUGA